UCUCACAGCCACACUCCAGUUCCCAUCGGCGCUGCACCUUGGCCACCAGCAUGCAGGGUGAAGAGAGCCUCCGGAUCCUGGUGGGGACGGAAGGGGACAGCUUCCCACUGAUGGAAAUCAAUACUUGUGAAACUGAGGCCUCUGAGCAGUGGGAUUAUGUCCUUGUGGCCAAUCUUCGCACCCAGAGAAACCCCAGGCAGGUCUACCAGCAGCAGCAGUUCCUGGAAGAGCUCAAGACAAAGGGUUUCUACUACAAGGUGAUGGAGGACCAGGAGAAGAUGUUCUUUGGGAUCCGAGCUGACAGCAGGCUCUUUGACCUGUACUGCACACUUCUCACGGAGCCCGAGGGGCCUGCGCCCAGAGUGGAGCUGGCCAAGCCAACUCUCAUCCUAGCCACCACCAGAAUCCGAAUUGUCCACUUCAUUCUGAGCAGCAAGAUGGCAGCAGCAGACACGUUCCAGGAUUUGGUGAAGGAUGGGGUCUUUGAGGCCAUGUUCCCCUUACACAAGGGAGAGGAAGACCUAAAGAAGAAGUGGGCCCAGUGGGGAAACAUGUUCCAAGAGCAGCCACUUGAUGAUAUCAGGGACUACUUUGGUGAGAAGGUGGCCCUGUACUUCGCCUGGCUCUGCUGGUACACCCGCAUGCUGGUGCCCGCCGCAGUGGUGGGCCUCAUCAUCUUCCUGAGCGGGUUUUCCCUGUUCGACGCCAGCCAGAUCAGCAAGGAGAUCUGUGAGGCCCACAACAUCUACAUGUGCCCGCGUGGUGACGGCAGCCGCAGGUACCAGCCGCUCUCGGAAACCUGCACCUUCGCCAAGCUCACCCACCUCUUCGACAAUGAGGGCACCGUGGUGUUUGCCAUCUUCAUGGCUGGGUGGGCCACGGUGUUCCUGGAGCUAUGGAAGCGGAAGCGGGCCCAUGUGGUCCUGCACUGGGACCUCUACGGGUGGGACGAGGACCAGGAGGAAAUGGCGCUCCAGCUCAUUAACUGCCCUGACUACCAGCUCCCGCUGCAGCAGCACUCCUACGUGCGAAGCACCAUCAUCCUCAUCGUGUCUCUGCUGAUGAUCUGCCUCCUGAUUGGCAUGGCCCACGCCCUGGUGGUCUACCGCGUCCUGGCCGUUGCACUCUUCAACUCGGCCUUCCCGAAGAAGCAGGUGACCACGGCUGUAGUGGUGACCGGCGCCCUGGUUCAGUAUGUGACCAUCCUCAUCAUGACCAAGAUCAACAAGUAUGUGGCCCUGAAGCUUUGCGAAUUUGAGAAGCCCAGGACCUUCUCUGAGCGAGAGAGCAAGUUCACCGUCAAGUUCUUCACUCUGCAGUUCUUUGCCCACUUCUCCUCUCUCAUCUACAUCGCCUUCAUCCUGGGCAGGAUCAACGGUCACCCCGGGAAGUCUGUGCGCCUGCUGGGGGUGUGGAAGCUGGAGGAGUGCCAUCUCAGUGGCUGCAUGAUGGACCUGUUCCUGCAGAUGGCCAUCAUCAUGGGCCUGAAACAAACGCUCAGCAACUGCAUGGAGUACCUGGGCCCGUGGCUGGCCCACAAGUGUCGCUCAAUGCGGGCCAAGCUGGGUGGCACGGCCCAGGGCCCGGAGCUGAGGCACUGGCAGCAAAACUACCUGCUGAACCCGGUCAACACCUUCAGCCUGUUCGACGAGUUCAUGGAGAUGAUGAUCCAGUACGGCUUCACCACCAUCUUUGUGGCCGCCUUCCCGCUCGCCCCGCUGCUCGCGUUCUUCAGCAACCUCGUGGAGAUCCGCCUGGAUGCCAUCAAGAUGGUCAGGCUGCAGCGGCGCCUGGUGCCACGCAAGGCCAAGGAUAUAGGGACCUGGCUGCAGGUGCUGGAGAUCAUCGGCGUGCUGGCAGUCAUUGCCAAUGGGAUGGUCAUCGCCUUCACUUCUGAGUUCAUCCCACGAAUGCUGUACAAGUACCGCUAUGGCCCGUGCCGGCAAGGGGCCCACCCUGCAGUCGACUGUCUCACAGGCUACAUCAACUACACUCUGCCUGUGUUCUACACCAAGGACUUCCAGGACCCUGUCGAAAAAGAGGGCUCAGAGAAUGUGACUGAGUGCAGGUACCGGGACUAUGGCAAUGCUCAAGACCACAACUUCCCUGAGCAGUCCUGGGUGCUCCUGGCCAUCCGCCUGGCCUUCCUGAUCCUUUUUGAGCACGUGGCCUUAUGCAUCAAGCUCAUUGCUGCCUGGUUCGUGCCUGACAUCCCUCAGUCGGUGAAGAACACGGUCCUGGAGAAGAAGGACCAGAGACUCCGAGAGAAGAUGCGCUCCAGGAGUACGGACGUGUAGGGGACCCAGAGCUGGGCAAGAGGCGGUGGUGCCCAGGGGCCCAGGCUCGGAGCUGCCGCCACCCCACCCCAUCCCACCCCUGGCUGUGUGCUGGGGGCGGUGCUUUAAGAAGGCCCAGGCAUUUGUGGGGUCCUGGGAGCCCACGUAUGUCUGGAGUGUCUGUGAGGCCUGUUCCACCUGUUAAGGCUCAGGCUUGGUACUGCCUGACUUGAACUCUGAGCGACCCCACCACCCACAGAACUGGGGGGAGCUUCUCAUGCAGUCACAGCGCAGGAAAACUGGCGCAGCUUCCCCAGCCUCCCUCUGACUUCUGGGCCCCAGAUCCUGCCCCACCCCUCUGGAUCCCCUCAAGCAUCAGAACUUUCUAUAAUAAAAUAAAACAUCUUUGUGUUGA